UCAAAUCCUAGAACCGAAACCAAACUGCAAACCGCAAUAAUUUGUUUUUCUCACAUCAAACCAAACCAUAUUAGAAAAAAACAGCACUCCACAUUUCUAAUUCAAUUCAAUUUGCAAUUUAAUUAGGUUUUAAACCGCAUUAGUUUCAGCCCUAAACAGCUCUACCAUCUAAGACUUUUUGUUUUUUCUUUGUACCACAAGUCCCCAAAAAAGAAUUCAAAAAAUCCAAUCGUUGUUGUUGGCUUCUUACAGUGUGAGUGUCCAAGUACACUCUCUCACAUUUUCUCUCUCCAUUCUUUCUUCAAUUCAUCAAUGGCGUCGGAAUUCACCUUAGACGACGACAACUUCGACGACGCUUUCUUCGAAGAAGUCGACAAACUAGAAGUUCUCGCAACUUCUUCUUCAACCCAACAACAACAACAACAACAACAACAACAACAACAAAUUCAACAACAAAAUCAAUCCAAACCUUCUUCUUCUUCUACUUCAUCCUUUCACUCAAUAUUCCCGCAAAUUCCAGAACCUUCCAUUGCUAACACUACUACUGUUUCUCAUUCUCCUCCUCGAGAACUUUCCCAGCGAAACCCUAAUGUUUCUCAUUCUAGUAGUACCACUCGAUCGGUUUGUUCCCCCUUUUCUGAAGAACAUCCGGAAAUUCAACGAUUAAAGAACGAGUUGAGUUGCGUUUCCAAGGAACUUUUGGAUUUGAGACAAGAAUGCUCUGAGCUUAAGAAGCAGAACGCCAGGGAGCAGCAGCUUAAGCUUGUACAUGUCAAUAAGAAGUCCAGGACCAGUAAGUCUCAAGACCACGAUACGAAUGGGAUUUCACUUGGAUUUGAAAAUGCUAAUGCUACUGCUAAUCAUGCUGCUCCCAAGACAGGUGUAGAGAAAAAAAGUACCGGUAUACAAACAGAUAAAGGUGAUGAAUCUUUAAAUCCAAGCACUAGUGGGACUACAUCCACGGAUGGUGAUUUUUCUAGUUUGCUAUCAAUCUGGUCCCCAUUAAGUAGCUAUAGAUCAAGCAGAAAUUUUGUGGUGAAGUUAAUUGAGGCAUGUGCUAGUGACUUCUGUGAUCUUUUUGCCUGUUUGGGUUCGAAUAUGACCUCCAAAUUGGAUAGCAAGUGCUCGAGUCAUAUAUCAGUGCCUGGAAAAUUUCUGGAUCUGGAUUCUGCUGAAGUUUCUAGGGUGUCGCAAUUAUAUGCUGAGCUGACAAAGAUUGCUGAUGAUAGGGCUCAUAUAAAUGCUUUUUUGGCGGUACUGCUUGAUCUAUGUAGUCUUGAAAAUGCUCUAGUUGUUUGUAGGUCUCUGCGCAUUCUGCGUAUUGCUUUGGAUCACAUUUUGAGCAUUGAUAGAACAUGUCCUAAAAGGGAUAAUGUCAAGGUGAAGAGAUCUUACUCUGGAUCAGAUGCUGUGCGUAUUCAUGAUUCUGAAGUGGAUAAAAGUGGUGGAUUACAUGAUAUUAGUGGAGAUGAUACAUCCCCUUCGAGAUUUAUAACAGCUUGCAAAAAUACAUGCAUUGCCGACCGUGAGACUUUGUCCUUUCUUUGUCAAGUAGACUGGCUUCACCUGUUUAUGUCUAUGCGUGAAGUUGUCCUUAAGUUGAAGGAAGAACAUGCUAAGGUAGAAGCAGUUUCCAUCAUGAACAUAAUUCUAAUGAGAACUGAUCCUUGUUCUGCUAGAGCAAAGUUUGGGAAUUCACCUGUUUUUGAAACUGUUGCUUUACUGUUGAGAAAGGAAGCUGGGUUUUUCUGCCGUAAAGAAGCUGUGCAUCUUCUAUAUCUGCUUUUGAACUGUCCAACUAUAUUAUCUACCUUUUGUUCGAGGUGUAAUGAAGAAGACAGUCAUACACAAUCGCCAAACGAUGGUGCAAUAAGCUUGACGUGUCAUGAAUCUCGUGUCGUCCUUGAAGAAUUGGCUGACUGCGUAGUUUGCUCUGAGUAUGGUGCGAAGGAGCUGAACCUACGUAGAAAUGCAAUAAUUGUGCUAUCCUUCUUGGCUUCUUCUGGUAAAUGUGGAUUUAAAUGUUUUCUGUUCCACAAGCUUUCCAACAAAGCUAACUUUCUGGUGCUAAUCCUGAAAGUACUGAUGGGAGAAAUCGACGCAGAAGCAUUGGAAUCUUGCCCUGCAUCAGAAGUUUCCAAAGAGAGAACUUUACUCAUGCGCGAGGCUUUGAUAUUACUGAACCGACUUGCAUCUCAUCCUGCAUAUUCAGCCACAGUCUUGCAAGAAUUGACAAGCUGUAGAGACAUGGUCAGCUUGGCAAUUGAUACUGCUACUAGGCUGUCCAAGAAAAGCCGGAGACUACUGAAGACUGAUCGUAUUACUAAACAGAUGAGGGAAGUUGAAGUAGUGGACUUGGCUUGCUUAUUUAGGAAAAGAAUUUUCACCUUCCUCGGAGAGAGCAUUUCCUCGUGAAUAUAAUCUUCACUCGAUCUCACAUUUUUUGCUAAUUGUAUGCACACCGAUUUCUGACAAGGACCCGAUACGUGAAAGGCUACUGUGAUGGAAAAAUUUACAUGGCAGCAAGCAUUGUAACCUUAAAUUUUGUAAUGAUUAUGAAUGGUCCGCAAUUCUGGACCAAUUUUUUUUUUUGCGAAUCAGAUUUUUCUUUGGUGAUAAUCAUGUGUUUGCAGCAUUCUCUAAUAGUCUAAUAUGCUUAAAUCAUCUGUAUAGCUUUUGAACUUCCCUUCUGCAUAAAGAUUAUAAUAUCUCAAGAUGUCAUUCCUGUUA